GAGUGUCGUUACAGGCGCAAUGCGGUUGUCGGGAUGUAAGGAGGAAUGGCGACGGUCGAGACGGUUUUGGAGGCCAGAGUCGAGCUGGAUUUGACCAAACAGAAGCGGAUCGCAGGUUUGGAUCCCCUCAGCUCUUCCAGCUAAACUCUGGGUAACAAAGUCCCAGAAUGGAGACUGAGGUCACAGUGUCCUCCUCGCCCAGCGUGGUCUCUCCCUCCACUCCACAGACUUUGUCCACUCAGGCCAACCUGGCGGCAAAGCAGAGAGACAGCAGAAAGACCGCAUCCACGACCCCCGCCUUCCUCUCCAACCUGGGGAGGGCCACCCUGCGGGGCAUUCGCAAGUGUCCUCAGUGUGGCGUCUACAACGGCACCCGUGGGCUCAGCUGCAAGAACAAGGCCUGCGGGGUGUCCCUCAGAAAUGCUUCGGCGGGAGGAGGUCGAAACAGCAAGAAAUGUGCCGUGGAGGUGGUGAAGGUGAUAAUAGACAGUGAGGAGAGAGGUGCGAAGGAGCGUGAGGGAGGAGGGGUCCUGGGCGGAGGCUCAGGUGGAGGAGUCCAGGUGUUUUCGGUGUGUCACAGAGGAAGAGGAGCCACGGCUACGCAGCUUGGCUUUGUCGAGCUAGUCCCCACUGACACUGCCAUAGCGACCGGUGACGGCGCCACUCUGCUAACCCGGAUCAACCUGGGCCGCUGCUUUUUGCCGUCUUGCAGACAGGGUCAAAAGUCAAAUCAGGUGGAGGCGGAAUCGGGGGCGGCCAGUUCCAAGCAGUCCUCCGACAGCCUCUGCAUCCACAUCAAACAGGCCAUAGAGUGUCGGAGCUGUGCGACGCCGCUGACCUUGAAGAGCUCCGUCCUGGAGGGUUUGCAGGCUUCCAUCCAGGCCAGGGAGGAGCUGUGGAGGCUGGCCACGGAGUCUCCAGGACCCCUGGUACAGCGCAUUUCAAAAGACACCCUGGUGGUGAAGUGCCAUACGGACUCCCACCAUCCUCUGGGCCUGCUGCAUCUCACUGUAGGUGCAGGUGGGCUGUCUGAGGCUUCAAAGAGUGAGAGAAAGGGCAGAGAGGUGCAGCAGCACGGCAUUUUUCACUGUGCCUGCCAGGUGAGCGGCAGAAGAAAUAAACCUGGUGUUGAUGGAACAGGCGGAGCAGGCGGCUUUCAUCCUCCCGCCAGCUCGGCCACGCCUCAACCCUGCCUUCACUUCUACGCCUGCGUGUGUGCCUUUGCAAGCGAUGAGAAACUGGCUUCAGAGUUUGCUGCCUUCAUCAACUACACUUCCAGUGUAGAAUAACUGGUCCCAGCGAGAAACCUCUUCAUGCAGGCCGAGCCAGUCAGCACCAAUCAUAAAGCAAAGAAACUCCGUCUGGAUGAAUCUCUCUCCGUGGCCUCUGCCUCUGGGGUGGGGAAAGAGGGAGUGUCAGCCUCCGGCCUGAGGAAAGCUGGUCAGAGGAAAACCCCUGGUGCUGGUGGGCUGAAAGCUCCAGGGAGCAGCCAGGCUGUGGACGAGCGUACGGUGACGUUGGGUUUCCAGCAGUGGCUGGCCAGUGUCACAGAGAGGAUCCACCAGACGAUGCACUACCAGUUUGAUGGGAAACCACAACCUCUGGUGUACCACAUUCCCCAGGAGUUCUUCAGCGCGCUGCAGCAUCGUCUGACACUCGGGUCGAAGAAGGGCAGACUGCCAAACUUCACCACAGCGUUUGUUAGAAAUUAUGGACUUCCUCCUGGCUCUUUCUCUAAGCACACCUGGCACAUCACCAAUCUCAUGCAGGUCAAGCGCAUCUUUGACACUCCAGAGCUGCCUCUGGAGCUCUCUCAGAGUUUUGUAAAAAAUGCUGACGGCUCUUAUUCACGUUUUCGCUGUCCCGAACCUCCGCCUGAGCCAGAAUUACCAGAGGGAUACAGGACAGUUCGGCAGCAGGCCAUACGACCCAUGGAGCUCCGCACCUUCCUCAAAGUCGGACCGGGUACGGCAGAUCAGAAGGAGGCCAGUCCGUUUGUGAUCGAGUGGAUCCCGGACGUCCUCCCUCGCUGUCAGAUGGGAGAGCUCAGGAUUAGCUUUGAAUUUGGCCACCAGCAGAGCGGUCAGCCGGAAUACUGUGAGAAAAUGAGUGCGGCGGAGAAAGGGGCCCGUAACAAGUCAGACUCCACCCAAUCCAAACAGACAAAGAGUAUUGAAAUACUUCAAGUGGUUGUCUAAGGAAGUCUCUUUCCUUAUUAUACAGUGUCAACAUCUGCAGUAAUCAAUUUUAACUGCAACUCUGACAUGUUUCUGAUAUAGAUUAAUACUUCUCAUUGACAUAUACAGUAUGUGACUCACUCAUAUAUACAUGUUAUGUUAUGCAAGCUAUGGAUAAUCAAUUUCCAUGUCCAUUAUAUUGAUCACAGUAUUUGUAGACAGCCUUGUUUGUUGUGAAGUACUCAUAUUAAUGCCUUCUCCUUAAUUCUAAAUAUGCACUCUCACAAAGUAAAAGAAACAAAAAUAGAAGUUUAUUUUUGAAAACAUAUAUUUUUAUAGUUAACAAACAAACCCUUUUUGUCUGUCACAGAUCAUACAACCAGCUCAGAUCAUUUAAAAAACAAUGAAGUAUUGAAAAGUAAUGGAAAUAGACAUACUGACUGAAUCCUUUUUCCUAACUUUUCCUAUAGAUGUGAAUAACCUGUGUUUUUGCUGUGUAAGCAGUACAAAAUAAAACACAAUGAAUGGGUAAAAA